AUUUUGACAGAUGGUUGUUUAUGCAGAAUUUUGAGGUUAAUUUAGAAACUGUGAAUAGAAUCAGCCAAAAAAUAACGGCACUGCUAAUCAAAUGGUUUCUUUUUAUUAACAAAUUAUUACUUAGUAAUUACUUUUUCAAAAUGCAUAAACUUAAGUCCUCACAACGAGAAAAAGUGAAAAAGUUUAUAUCGUUCACUCAAACAGGUGAGAACACGGCAAUUUAUUGUUUAACACAAAAUGACUGGAAACUAGACCUUGCUAGCGACAACUAUUUUCAAAACCCGGAUGCUUAUUACAAGGAGCCCCGAAGCGUAGACAAGAAGAAAUUAGAAUCUUUAUAUAACAGAUAUAAGGAUCCUACCGAACCAGACAAGAUUACUGUAGAUGGUAUUAUGAAGUUUCUCGAUGAUUUAGGUUUACCUCCGGAAUCAAAACUUGUACUGAUAAUUGCUUGGAAAUUUAAGGCUGCCACACAGUGCGAAUUCUCAAGAGAUGAAUUUAUAAACGGAAUGACGGAGUUAGGUUGUGACAGUAUUGAUAAGUUAAAGCAAAGACUUUCGACAUUAGAAAAUGAGUUAAAAGACAGCUAUAAAUUUAAGGAUUUUUACCAAUUUACCUUUAAUUUUGCUAAAAAUCCAAAUCAAAAAGGAUUAGAUUUAGAUAUGGCAAUUGCCUAUUGGAACAUAGUAUUAAAAGGAAAAUUUAAAUUUCUAGAUCUCUGGUGCACAUUUCUUCAGGAAAAUCAUAAAAGAUCAAUACCAAAAGAUACUUGGAAUUUGCUUCUAGACUUUGCUCAACAAAUAGCAGAUGAUAUGAGCAACUAUGACGAAGAAGGUGCCUGGCCUGUAUUAAUAGAUGAUUUCGUAGAGUGGGCCACAACAAAAGCAAAAGAAAAUCAGCCUCAUAGCACUAGCCAACUUGAAUAACAUAGUAUAUUUUACUGAUUUUUAUUACUUUUUGCGUUGGUACUUUUUAUGUGUACUUCUUAGAUUUUUCUUGCUUAACAGUUGAGUUAGAACUUUUUAAAAAAACAUAAUUAAGAAAUGUACAUAGCUAAUAUGGACAACUGAAGUGAAAAUCUAUCAGAAAGUGAAAGUGUUGACCGUAUUUAUAUUCUGAACAGGAGUAAUAACUGCAUAAUUAUUAUUGGUGGAAUAAAAAAGUUGCAUAUAAAUAUGUUGAAAUUCAAAUUUAUUUAAAAAUUUCAACAUUUUUCAAAGAUGUUUCAAUAAAUAUACAUAAAAGUAUAAAUAAAAUUCUUAUACAUAAUAUAUAUUUUUCUGCCAAAUGUAAAAUUAAAUAUAUACCAUUUUGGGUACUGUUUUGUUUUAUAUUUAUUCUUGAAUUAUUAAAUAUUUAAAGGGCUGAUAAUAGUUCCUUGUUUCUUUA